AUGGAGGAACUCCUUGAAGGCGCUGCUCUUGAUCCGCCGCCGGGACUUACAUCGGACUUCAUGAACCCGGGCGGAAGUCACUCACUCGGGUACGGUACCAUCAUCACAGGGGCUGUUCUCUCCACCCUUGCUGUUCUGUUGCGCUUGAGCUCCCGGUACACUCUUCGAAAAUUUCAUCUCGAAGAUGCGUUUCUAGUCAUCGCUCUUGGUCUCUUCGUUGCUUACAUUCAAACGAUCUAUGACACUUCGAUAUUCCCUGGCGUCCAGGUGCACCAGUGGAAUAUUCAGUUAAAGACCCUUAAACAUUGGCUUUAUGAAACCCAUCUCGCUUCGAUAUACUAUGGAUUAUCUAUCUUGUUCUUAAAGCUUGCUAUCCUGAUGGAUUGGCUCCGUAUAUUCUUGUUGCCCGGUCAACGUAACGCCAUCUUCUGGUCCAUUCACGUCCUCAUCUGGAGUAAUGUUGUGUACUAUGUGUCGGGCACCUUCCUCGAAAUCUUCCGAUGUACACCCCGACAGAAGAUUUGGGACCCCUUGUUCGUUGGAGGUGUAUGUCCCAUCGAUAUCGACGCCAACAACUUCGUGUCUGCCGUCAUUAACCUUGUUUCGGACCUCGCCAUCUUGGCCGUGCCUCAGUUUGUUGUUUGGAAGUUGAACAUGACACGAGCGAAGAAAGUCGGUGUUUCUUUCAUCUUUGGCAUUGGAAUCUUUGCCAUUGCCGCCGGCAUAGCUCGGUUAGUCGAUUUGCUGAAGAUCUUAGAGUCAUCAGAUGCCUUCUACUAUAUCACAGAAGUCGGGCUUUGGGGCAUCGGGGAAAUGACAGCUGGUUUCCUUAUCAUUGGUACGCCGGCGGUUCCUCGAGUCGUUAAAAGCCUGCCCUUUUCGGAUUCUGUUGUAUCACUACUCCAAUCGUGGACAAGGAGUCGCAUGCGCAACAGUGGUGACUCGCCUGGCUACUUACGAACAUGGGGGAGGUCAGUGUCGAAGAAACGACGUGGCUUGUGGGAGAUCAGCGAUCUCGACACCUACGAUCUAGCACCAGUGGGCACUUCAGCUCAACAAGGGAAUCCGCCGCCGAACUCUAUUACUAGAGAAGUGCGUAUAGAAGUGACGGACGGGAAAAAUGCCAAGGCAGAUAAGACGAAUCAAAGCUUGACAUCUACGCAAGUAUUAGAAUAG